AUGGUAUUCCAAUGUUUACAAAUAUGUAUUCCAUACAAGAGUACUUUUAAAUUAGCUUCAAUGACGGAUACCUCACUACAAGAUUUAUCAUUUAAAGAAAUAAAUUCUAUUCAUUUAAAAGAAUUUGAAGAAACUCCACUACCUGAUGCUCAUCGUGCAAUAUAUGGAUUUGCUUUCUAUAUUUUAAAUUGGGUAGGAUUUUUAAUAUAUCUCUUCUGGGUACUUACACCAUAUAGUUAUUUGGAGUAUUUAAAUUUAACAUUUUUUCCAUCAAAGUACUAUGGUUUAUGUCUUCCACUAUUAAUACCAUUUGGAAUUACAUUAUAUUUAAGUGGAGUAUUUCUUUAUAAUUUUAUAAAAUUUCAAGACAUAGAUGAUAAAGAAGUUUAUCUUGAAGAUGACUUUUCUGGAAUGAAUUGGGGUAAUUUUUAA